GUGGACGGCUUUGUUUCGCACCACCUGGCGAUCGAUCUGGAUAUAGAUAUACGGAUGCGUGCGUUGCGAGAAAUCUCCAUGAAUCUCCAUGAUCUAUCGCUUUUUUCACCUGCAACCUCGUUACGUCUGCUAACCUUACCUCCCUCCAUAUUUAGGCCACUAUUACUAGACUGGAAAUGCCUUCUCUGCAACUCUUCUUCGGUGGCACCGCGUGUUAGUCACACCGCCUAUCCUGGACAACAGCACUCCGUUCUCGUCUCUCCGGUGUACGGAGUCCUUCAUCCUUCCCCAGUUCCUCCCUCCAGCGGCACUGCGGCAGGGGCUGGUGCCGCCAGCGGCCAGCCAGACAGUGCAGGUUAG